CGCAGAGUGGCGGGGAAGGGAGGCGUAUGGCAGGCGGCAAAGAGAAUAAAAAGAAGGGAACCUUGCUUUCUUAAUUUAUUUUUUUCCCUCUUUUUUUUUUUCUUCCCUCACCUCCGCUCUUUCUCCUUCUUUCUUUUCUGAAGCGUUUUUGGACUGUCUGGGUUUGGCUUUUUAAAUAUUUUUAAUUUUUUAUUAUUAUUAUUUUUAGAAGGCGUUUUAUUUUAUAAUUUUUUCCAGAGUGUUGUGUGUGGCAAAAAAAAAAAAAGUUAGUGUCGAGCCAAGUGAUUCAGGCGCUCUGCAGGGAGGAGGGGGGGGAAAGAAGAAAAAAGUUGCCUUUGUUGCUAGCGAGCUCUUAUUACCUUUACGUGAUUAAGGGCAGGCGGCUGAAGAGAGGGUCGGCGUGCGUGUGCCGGCAGCGCAGCUCUCCUGCCUCCCCGCGCUGGUAGGGGUACGAGCGGCUGGCGGCUCCUCUCCCCGCAGCCCCUCGGAGGCAGCGCGGGCUGUGCGCGUUGCUCCGCUCCGCUCCCCUCCGCCCGCGGCGGCCGCGCUCCCGAGGGCGAGCAGCGGCGUGUCCGUGCCCGCGCGGGGCUCUGCCCGUCCCGCUCCCCGGCCGGGGGUGCGCGGGGGCGCCUCCCGGCGGCCCCCCUCCGCCGGUUGCCAUGGUGCCGCGGCCCGGCGUGCUGUGGGCAGUGGCGGCGGCGGCGCUGGCGCUGCUGGUCCGGCGGGCGGCGGCGGCCGCGGCGCUGGCGGGGCCGGUGGUCCGCUGCGAGCCUUGCGACGCCCGGGCGCUGCAGCAGUGCAAGCCCCUGCAGCCCGACUGCGCCGAGCGGGUGCGGGAGCCGGGCUGCGGCUGCUGCCUCACCUGUGCCCUGCGCCAGGGGCAGCCCUGCGGCAUCUACACCGAGCGCUGCGGCGCCGGCCUCAGCUGCCAGCCGAGGCGGGAGGAGGCGCGGCCGCUGCAGGCGCUGCUGGAGGGCCGCGGGCUCUGCACCAACGCCACGGCGGGCGGCAAGCUGCGGACCUUUCUCCUGCCGGGACCGCACGCUGCAGGAAAUUCCAGUGAUUCAGAAGAAGACGACCGGAGCACCAGCAGCAUAGAAAAUCAGGCCAUCCCAAACUCUCACAGGGUGCCAGAUUCCAAAUCGCAUCCACCACACACCAAAAUAGAUAUCAUCAGGAAAGUGCAAGCCAAAAAUACGCAGCGCUAUAAAGUGGAAUAUGAUUCACAGAGUACAGAUACACUGAAUUUCUCUUCUGAAUCCAAACAAGAGACUGAAUACGGUCCCUGUCGUAGAGAAAUGGAAGACACUUUAAACCACCUAAAGAUCCUGAAUGUCUUGAGUCCCAGGGGUUUUCAUAUUCCAAAUUGUGACAAGAAAGGAUUCUACAAGAAAAAGCAAUGUCGCCCAUCCAAAGGCCGAAAGAGAGGUUACUGCUGGUGCGUGGAUAAAUAUGGACAGCCACUUCCUGGGUACGAUGGGAAGGGAAAAGGAGAUGUCCACUGCUAUAACCUGGAAAGCAAAUGAGGGCUGGGUGCCAGCUCUUCUGGCAUCUGUGCGUGGCCACUGGACCUCACAGAGACCUUGGAGGGGCUGGGCAAACACUGUGGACUGCGUUGUGCGUGGAGUAACGAGCUCUGCCUUUGUGGCCGAUGGGGAGUUGCAGCCUCUGUGGAUGCUGCUGCAGCUGCACCCCUCCACCGACACGCGUGGGACUUCCUAUAGGACUUGUAGGGAGCUCUGAAUUCCCACGUAAACCUGCACUAUUGAUACCCAGAGAGAGAGAAAAACAAAAGGCACUUCAGAAUGGAUUCAGGGAGUCUCCACUGACUUUUUAAAGAACGGCCUGUGACCAAUUUGAUCCCGAAAGAUACUGGUUUUUUAUUUUAAAGAAUUUAUAGAUUGUAAGCUUGUAAAAGUAUUAAAGCAAAAAAAAAAAAAAAAAGAAAAGGCAAAACAAAAAAACCAUGAGGAUUUAAAGGUUAAGCUUUUUUUACAGGUCUGACGGGAAACUUAUCUUCACGGGUAAAAAGUUUUAUAAAAAUCUCAAAGAACUUUUUAAAGAAACGUAUUUCUAAAAUAAAGACAUGGCUAUUUUUUCUGUAAAAUAUAUUAUGAAUAUUCUGUUAGUCUGUAUUUAAUAUAAUUGUUUUUUAAUAAACUUUAUUUAAAUGUAACGUGAAUACCAAAUACUACACCAUACUUCUAGUGUAUACUUCUGUAUGCAAGGAGAAAGUAAGGGUAUGGAAUGAUUUACAAAUAUGUAUAGAUCCAUAUGCAUACACACUGACCUAUUCUAGAUAAUAGAAAUGAAUUUGUGGAGCGAAGGAAGUGUUUUCAGAAGAUACUAAGUUUUGUUAUCUGAAGUAACUACAAAUACCAAGAUAAUAAUUUUUAAUUUUUUUAAAAUUAUUUUAUGUUAUUGGUAUUUGUAAUGUACCCAUCACUGAAUUAUGCCACUGGAAAGGAUAACAGUUGCACUGAAGCUCUUGGUAAAGCAUUCUUCUGUCUGUCCUUUGCUUCAGUUUGUGCAACAGAGCUUACAUUUCCUCCGUUUCCUGCUCACACUAAUAUACAAUAUUCAUGAACAAAAAAUUGCCAUUACAGUACCACCCUUUGAAUUUGCUUAUUUAUUUUGAAAAGCUGUAUCUAUUCUGUGUUGUCUUGGUACACUCUACCAAAGCACAUACUCUGUAUGAGGAACUCCUGUUUAAAACAAUGCUGACAAGAUGGGGGGAUCGUGGACCUGUGUGUUGAGACCCAUGCGCUUCAUUUACGCUGCACACAAUUGUUGCUUGCUUUGACUUUGGUAGAAAUUAUUUGCCUGCAUCUAAGCAUGGAACAAGAACCAUUGGGUUUAAAUAUUUAAACCAACUGUCUGCCAUGAUGUUACAUGCCCUUUUAAUCGGAAGAGAAGUGAUUUGGUUUUGUUCUGGUAUAUGAUGUUUUUGCAUAAGGAAGACUGGCAAUUUUUUUUUUUUUGAGGCUGAUGAUUGUUUACUGAACUUCAUGACAAAUUCUGUAUCACAAUGAAAUCUGGAUAAGGAAAGGUGGCCUGUGAAAUGUAACAUCUCUCUGGAAAGUAAUGCCAUAUUUUGUAUAUGUAUUUAUUUAUAUAUUUUAUAUAAAUAUUUUAUAUAUUUAUAUAAAUAUAUAAUAUAUUCUUAUAUUUGUCACUAUAAAUGUUUGAUGUCACUGUAGAAAAAUGACCCCAUCAACACUGUAAUUUCCUGUUGGGUUGGGAACUCUAUAUAGAGACUGAGGGCAGUGGGUUUCCAGCCAAUGGGGCCAGAGGUUGUGCUGAUGGAGGUGAGACCGCGGAGCCGAGGAGCCCGUACCUCUCCCAUCCCACAAAUUACAACCACCUUUGUUCCUGCCAGGAAUGGCAAAUGUCUUGAAACUCUGACAUGGAAAAGUUUGGAUAUGCAGUUUGCCAGGAUCGAGACAAUCACCGUAAAUUAGAUAUUUAAAGCCUUAGCAUUAAAUGUAUUCACUGAACAGCCCUGUGUGCAUUCUGCACAUUUUUCUAAUUUCUAUCUAAUUAAAUGAGUUCACAUCAUCAUUAAAACUGAAAUUUUUUAACCUUAGAGUAAGAAAAAAAGUAUACAUGAAGUGAUGCUUACUCCAGGCUAAUACAGAUUUCCUGACAGAUGGUUACAGAAAGCUUUGUGAGGUGAAGAUUUAUUGCAAUAUUUUUAUUGCUAAUGCAAAUGUAAUGCCUGCAAAGAUUUGUUGGCAAAAAAAAUAAAUG